ACAUGACAUCCAGAUGGGGUGAGAAAACAAUCAUAUACCAUGAUCUAUCCAUCUAUCUGUCUAUUGAUGUGUGAAAAGCAGGCAUCCUGAAAAAAGAAUUAAGCGAUACAGAGUGGUGUUGUAGAGGCAGAGGAGGGGGAAGGAGAGGGCGGUUCAGCAGUGCGUCGGUACCUUUCUGAAGAGGGUGUGGCCAGCCGGCUUCCAGAGGAAGAAGACACACUUCCAAACUGUUGAGCUGAAGAAAUGACAAACACCCCUGGACCUAAUUUUAAUGGAGUGGCAACAACAACAGCACAGCCAGAGAGCCAGAAUCCAGUUCAAUUGAAUGGAGUCGUACUACAAUAUAAUGAAUUCAAUCCAUCUGCCCAGCACCAGUCACCAGUUCAGCAUCCCAAUAACAGCUGCACUCCCAGUCCUCCAGCCUCCACACCUGCACGGGAAAAGUGGGCAGGGCAAUAUGAGUUUUUGCUUUCCUGUAUCGGAUAUUGUGUUGGACUUGGAAAUGUAUGGAGGUUCCCUUAUCUCUGCUACCGUAAUGGUGGAGGCGUCUUCUUGAUCCCUUAUACUAUUAUGCUGCUCUUCACUGGGCUGCCUCUCUUUCUUAUGGAGCUCAGCCUUGGACAGUAUGGAUCAGCUGGCCCCAUCAUGGUCUGGAAGUGCUGUCCUCUCCUGAAAGGCAUUGGCAUUGGGAUGCUGCUGGUUUCCACUUUUGUCUGCCUCUACUACAAUGUCAUUAUUGCCUGGACUUUCUAUUACCUUGGCAUGUCCUUCCAGAACCCUCUGCCCUGGUCGUGUCAGGCCAUUGCAAAUGCUGGCCUCUGUAAGCCCAACGGAACAAACGCAUCUCUCCUGAGUGCCAGUGAAAUCUUUUGGAACACUCGUGUUCUGGGAGUAGUCAACAGCAAAGGCCUAAGUGACCCCGGACCAGUGAAAUGGGAAUUGGCCAUUUGCCUACUAGUAGCCUGGAUUGUAAUCUACCUUUGUAUGCUAAAGGGCAUUCGCAGCUCAGGCAAGGUCGUCUAUGUGACAGCCACCUUUCCCUACUUUGUGUUAUUUGUGCUGAUUAUUCGAGGUGCUACACUACAGGGAUCCUUGAAGGGGGUCCAAUUCUACUUGACUCCUGACUGGAAGCGUCUUCUGAGUGCACAGGUGUGGAAUGAUGCAGCAUCCCAAAUCUUCUACUCACUUGGCAUUGGCUUCGGUGGGCUCCUGUCAAUGGCGUCCUAUAAUAAAUUUGACAACAACGUAAUCAGGGAUACUCUCGUCAUUGCCAUUGGAAAUUGCUGCACCAGUUUCUUCGCUGGAUUUGCCAUUUUCUCUAUUCUGGGACACAUGGCCUGGAAGAAGAACGUCCCAGUUGGAAAAGUAGCUGACACAGGUCCUGGACUGGCAUUUGUGGCCUACCCAGAAGCACUGGCUCUUCUUCCUGGUUCUGUUUUUUGGUCCAUUUUGUUUUUCUUGAUGCUCUUCAUGCUUGGAGUGGAUACGCUGUUUGGGAAUAUGGAGGCAAUCACGACAGCAGUCCUGGACGAGUUCCCAGUGUUGCGGGGAAACUUCAAAAAGAAAUGUCUCUUCUUGGCCUUACUCUGCUUUGGUUUCUACCUCAUGGGAUUGCUGCUCAUCACAGAUGGAGGAAUCUACUGGUUCACGCUGAUCGACUUCUACAGUACCAGCUUCGGCCUAAUCAUCAUCGCCCUCUUCAUGUGCAUUGGCAUGACCUUCUUCUAUGGUGUAAACCAGUUCUGCCAGGACAUUGUUGAUAUGGUCUGCAGGUGCCCACCGUGGUGCACUAAACUGCUGAUGUACUUCAAAGCAUGUUGGGUUUUCUUCACUCCUGUACUUUUACUGUUCAUUCUGAGCUACAUUUUUGUUGAUCUGUACAACACCCCUCUGCGCUAUGGCUCCUACAUCUACCCUCGCUGGGGAAGGGCACUGGGUGUGUGCAUGGGAACCUUCUGCUGCAUUCAGAUUCCAUUCUGGGGCAUCAUGGCUAUCUGGAGAGAGUCUGGAACGCUGAAGGACAGAUUCCAGAAGGCUAUCCAGCCACUGAAUUCAUGGCGUGCAGCCAGCAGACAGAAUGACGCUCCUCCAGAAAUGGUAGAUGUCCCAUACUCGGUGAACCUCGCUGAUGCAGACUUCACUAGUCAAGAGUGGGAAAGCAACACUAGUGAGGCCUGACACUCGCGCUGGACGGCUUCUCUUUUUUAUUUGACCAACAAUGAACAGGUGCUUCCUUGUAAAGAAGGAAUGGCAAAUGGAAACAAGGGUGCAGGGACCUUGUGCCUCAUGAAGUCCCAGUUUUUAGUAGAUCUCCUUGUAUCUCCUUGUGGUUUAUCACCACUCAUGCAGCCGUUAUGCUGACUAUUACAGUAAUUUAUUUGUUUUUACUCCAUUCCAAGCAUAACUUACUCUGCAAGAGAUGAAUUUUAGAACCAAUUUUCUUUCACACAGGAAUGAACAUCUCAGCCCAUCCAUUUUUGCAGGUUUUGCUGGCGUAUGUUAGGUUCUGUGCCACAUGGUGGUCUGUUUACCUCAAACUUUAUAGAAACUGGCAUUCACCCCAGUGCUCCUGGAAAUGGAGGGCUGACAAAAGUGAGAUCAUUCGCCCUGCCAUUCAGUGUGUCUCGCCCCUUUGUAAGUCACCAUUACGUGAUUGCAGGUUUAUCUCCUCGUUCCUGCAAUAAUCACAAUGAACAGUCAAGUUGUUUCUUCAGCAGGUGUGAUCAGUUAUAGAUGUUGAAAUUGACCUGUGCUUUCCAUCUGGUCACACUGAUGAAACGCCCCACAACUGUACAAUAAGCCAGGAAGUUGCAGCACGAGAGCGGCAGAGACAGCCGGUGAGAUGUGGACCAGCCUUCAGCUGAAGACAACAGGGAUGGACAAACGGGGACAACGUAAAGAUGUUAAGGAUUUCCAAUCUCCAGAAGCCUCUGAGGAAGACUGAUGACGGAAGGAGGGACAGGUGCGCUGAACUAUAUGGUUUCAUGAUCGGCACAUCCCUGAACAGAACUCCACCAUCAUGACUGUACUCACACUUGAAAUUUGUACAAAUUAAGAAAAAAAGAUUUAGAGCUGGUGAGUAAAAUUGACAAACAAAACAAAAUAUAAUUAUGUCAACAGAGGACAGACUAACCCUCUGAGAUAAUGGACAAACCAUAAACAUUAUAUUCAAAGAAAAUCAGGUUUAUGUUUGUACUUCAUUCUGUGACAUGCAACGCUUAUUUGUCCUGCUGCGACUCUUUCUGAUGUGGACUUCAGCAUUUAUGGGCAAGGAAUUUGACUCAACCAACAAUGUGUUUUGUCAUAUGUAUGUAAUGUACAGUACAUAUUUUAAUAAAGUAUAUAUAUAU